CUCUCCUCACCACGGCGCCCUUCCAGCCAGGCCCUACUUAUUAGCGCCAGCUACAGCUAGCCUAGCACAAGAAGGCACAACAUGAGGAGAAGACGGGCGUCUGGACUACAAAACAGAGAGAAAACCGUAACUAAGUCGAGCACUCAGUCGGGUGUGAUGGUCGGGAGGAGAGCAACGGCCGUGCUGGUGGUGCUCCUGUGCCUUUGGGGGGGCGGUGUGCCGAGCGGUGCCCUGGCCGGGGCAGUCGAGUGUCCCACGACGGAGGGGGUCGGACGCUCCGGGGUGGACAUGCCGUCAGCUGUGGUGGACAUCCAGAAGGCGGAGUCGAGCCAGAGACACCACCUGGAGGCUCUGUUUAACCGCUACGGGGAGAACGGGACCAUCUCCCUGGCCUCCCUUAAGAGCCUGCUCCACAACAUCGGCCUGGACCGCGUCCGGACUGUGACGGUCCAGCACCGCCACCAUCACCACCACGGCGACCAUCCCCACGGCGACCAUCCCCACGGCGACGACGAUGCACACAACCUCAGCUUGACGCUCACGGACAGCCGUCCGUCGAUGGCAGCGCGGCUCUCCGACUCGCCCGAGCAGCAGGCUCUGUCCCUGGGGAGAGGACCGGGCGCCGGGCACCGCAGGCGCAGGGCCGACGGCGACGGCCCCACGGGGCGCGGGCUGGAUGGGGACCACCACCACCAGGACCAUGACGACAACGAUGACCCCCAUCACGACCAUGAUGAGCACCAUCGGGACCCCCUCGAUCAGGUCCACCGGGACCAGCCCGUCCACCACCACCACGGCCACAAUCAAGACACUGAUCACGAGCACCACGAUGGGCACCGCCGCCUGGGCCUGGGCGGCCCCGACACGGCCCCCGACCACAGUCUGGGCAGCACAGAGUGUCAGAACGCCUCGGAGGUCCUGAGGACCCACGGCAUGGCCCGGGACGUGGCCCUGACGCUGGGGGACUUCCGCUACCUCUGCCCGGCCCUCCUCCACCAGAUCUCCUCGGGGUCCUGCAUCCUCCACCGAGACCCUGCCUGGCACGGAGCCACAGGGAACGAUUCUCGCACGCACAACCACAGUCGUCACGGUAACCACGAUCACGAAGACCGACGGGGGGACAGCCGAAAGAGCGUCGCCACGGCGUGGGCGGGGGGCUUCGUGUCCAUCACGGUCAUCAGCCUGCUGUCUCUGCUGGGGGUCGUCCUCAUCCCCCUCAUGAACAAGGUGUUCUUCAACUUCCUGCUCAGCUUCCUGGUGGCGCUCGCCGUGGGCACGCUCAGUGGCGACGCCUUCCUCCACCUCAUCCCCCACUCCCAGGCCACCCACCACCUCCACCACCACCACAACCACCAUGAGGUCUCUGGGCCGGAGGGGGCGGGACCGGGUCUCCACGGCGACCAGGAGGAGAACCUGGACGGCGUGUGGAAGGGGCUGACGGCGCUCAGCGGCGUCUACGUCAUGUUCCUCAUCGAACACUUCCUGACGCUGGGCAAGAUGUACAAGGACCGCAAGAAGAUACAGAAGAAGUGGGACUCGAGAGAUAAGGAUCUGGAGGAGGUUCCCGCCCUGGAGGAGAACCACCUCAAGCCCCACGAAGACGCCGAGGCCAACGGGGGCGGGGCCCUGGCAGAGGAGCAGCAGCUCAUGCUGGCGCCCGCAGAGUCGUCGGCGGCGGCGGCGGCGGGGGCGGGCCACACCCGCCCUCCGGACGCGGCCUACACGGACCAGGACUGUGAGCACAAGUGCCACUCGCACUUCCACGACACGGUGGGCCAGUCGGACCACCACCAUCACCACGACUACCACCACAUCCUGCACCACCACCACUCGCAGAACCACCACCCCCACAGCCACGCCCAGAGCUACUCCCAGGAGCACUUUGAGCAGGUGGGCGUGGCCGCGCUGGCCUGGAUGGUCAUCGUGGGCGACGGCCUGCACAACUUCAGCGACGGCCUGGCCAUCGGUGCUGCGUUCUCCGAGGGUCUGUCCAGCGGUCUGAGCACGUCGGUGGCCGUCUUCUGCCACGAGCUCCCCCACGAGCUGGGGGACUUUGCGGUUCUGCUGAAGUCGGGCAUGACGGUGCGUCAGGCCAUCCUGUACAACGUGCUGUCGGCCAUGAUGGCCUACCUGGGCAUGGGCGUGGGCAUCGUCAUCGGCCACUACGCGGAGAACGUGUCCAUGUGGAUCUUCGCCCUGACGGCCGGGCUCUUCAUGUACGUGGCCCUGGUGGACAUGAUGCCAGAGAUGCUGCACAACAACGCGGGCGAGCAGGGCGUGGGCCACUGCGGCUUCUUCCUGCUUCAGAACGCCGGCAUCCUGCUGGGCUUCGCCAUCAUGCUGCUCAUCGCCGUGUUCGAACACAAGAUCCAGCUGGACCUGGGCUACUGAGUCCGGCGCCGGUAUUAGUCGGCUCCGGUCCACAUCUCCCUGCUCCCUCCCUCCCCUCCGGCUCCUCCCCUAUGCCUUGUUUUAAGUUCAUUUUUUUUUAUUUAUGUUUUUUAGCUUGUGUCCCCCGUUCUCUGCUCCAUCGCUGGCCGCUGGCGUUCUGCACGCUCUCAGGAGGUUCUGGAAGAGUCUCCCUCCCUGCCGGCGGUCAGAAGCCCAGCCGUGCUAGAACGAUAGACCCUACCUGAGCGGACGGCAGCUCCAGUGGACCUUCGAUACUGAUACGGGAACCGUGGUCCAAUUGUAAUGCUAAACAUUACACAUGGACAAAGUUCGCAACUUACACUGCACUGUAGACCCAGAAGGUCCAGUACAGGUAGAACCCGGUACUCGUCAAGUACUGGAGACCCGGUACAUGUAGAACCCGGUACUGGAGACGGAUUACAGGUAGAACCCGGUACUCGUCAAGUACUGGAGACCCGGUACAUGUAGAACCCGGUACUCGUCAAGUACUGGAGACGGAUUACAGGUAGAACCCGUUACUCUUCAAGUCUUGUAGAGCCAGUACAGUUACAACCCGGUACACAAAGUACUAUAGACCCAGUACAGAACUGCUGUAACACUAUGUGUAGUCCUCUUCCCUAGACGGGUCCAGUAGGGUACAUCUUGAAGCCGAUACAGUACCUUCGGGCCGGUACAGGUUCAUAGUGGUGCCGUGCUGUGAUUUCAUGUCAUGACAAAACGUGUUACAUUUUUAUGUACAUUAAGAUCGCCAAAUGUUUUUUGUUACAGCGUGAUUUCUUUUUAAUAGUCAUACAAAGGUCAUGUUUUUUUAGUAGUGUUGCAAUACUUUAACCAUUCUGUUUGGAUUGAAACAAUUGUCUACAAGGACGUAUUUGAUGGUAUAAAGGUGUAUUUAAUAUGAUUAUUCAACCAUUGAUCGAUAUCCUUCAUGCCCCCAGAGCGAGUCAACUGACCUGUGUUGGGUAUGAAGACCUUUUCCAGGAGCAGUAUUUAAAUGUUGUAAAGCUGCUCGUCUUCAUUUAAUUAAAUGAAGAAGAUGGCGCAGACUAAACUGUAUUUUCUUUGUCACUUUGAUCCAACUGGUUUUAGUUCCUUUAGGGUCUGCUGAGGUGGAGACUGUUCGGGUCUCUAGCUUCAAGUUGUAAACACUGUCGCUGAUUCACUGCACUGUGUUGCUUGUUACUGCUUGACAUUUUUGUUGAAAAAUGGGAAUGCAUCUCAUCGGAACAAUGGCAGGGCAUGUCAGUAAUGACUGUAAAGGGCUUAUUCUUAUUUGAAGAAAUUACAGACCUGCAUUUGGCCAUGCAUGGGUCGCUAAUGUACAAAUACAAAAGUAAGUGGCUUGGUGUCUAAACUUUAAUCAAACGUAACAUUUCAAUCUUCCAAUAUCCUCCUACCCCCAACAUGCACUACUGAGUUGUUUUUCAAAUUCAAACUGAACUUGAGGGACGUUGGUCACGGUUGAGCCAGUGCCAUUAUGUUUUAGAGAUUUUUUUUAUUUGAUCAUGUCUUGCCUUCUGACUGCUGUUAGGGCUCCACUGUGAUAGCCUACUGCUGUUAAACUUAACGCUCCUCUCCUACCCCCUAACCAGUAUAGAUAAGGUACCUUCUCAUUUUUUACUUUGCUUCUCAUGCUUGAUCGUACCAGGUCUGUGGGCCGCUUGGUGUGUUUCUGUGUUUGUGACGCUCCAGAACAGAAUAAAGCUGCUUACCCGA